AUGAAAGUUCAGAUCGAUGAUGCCAUGUAUAUAUUGGAUCCGUAAUUCAAAAAUCAAUCCGAAUUGUUGAAUCAACUAUACGAUCCUCGAUCAUAGGAAGUAGAACUCCCUAUUUAAAAUAGCCAAUUUAAUUGCAAAGUCAAUAUGUCAAUAAGGAAAUUUGGAGGAUUAUUGAACGCUACUAUGUGUUGAAUAACUUUAAGCCUAAACAAACAGAAGUCAAUUGUAAUUGAUUUAAAUAUGGGAAAAGGCGAUGACGAAAGCAUAGUAUUUGCACCUCAAGAUUUAGAAGUACUCAGAAUGAUAAAGAAUUCAAACAUAUCAAUUCAUAAGUUCCUAUUGGCAGCCAGAUAUCUAAAUUUACCUUUGUUUUAGGGUGUAAUCAUUUGGACAUUAUUAGAUCUGUUAAUUAGUAAGUUGGCUACAGAAUUUUAUGUUGAUGUUACUAAACCAAAACAAUCUCUUGACAAUCUAUGUAAGAAAUACCCUUAAGUGCCUGUGGUCACUAAAGAAGAAAUCAAAUAAUAUAAUUAAGUGUUGUAAUACUUAAUUUGAGAAUGC